UACUCUACAUUUUUUAUUGCAGAUAUGUGACCAUAAAUUAAGAAUAAAAGCUAUAUGUCCACAGUACGGAGGGGCUGCGCACGAUUCCUUUGUUUGGAAAGCCUCAAAUGAGAGGGAGGUAAUGGAGCGGCGCUAUAAUAAUGGAGAUACAAGUUCGUGGCUAUUAGGGGAUUCUGGAUACCCUCUUGAGCCAUGGCUUAUGACCCCGUAUCGAUUACGCGAAAAUGAGACCGACGUAGGCAAAUGUAUUUUCAACGACAUUCACAGUAAGGCUAGAAGCAUUGUCGAAAGAAGCAUUGGCGUAUACAAAGGUUCCUGUAUUCUGGAGAAUAUUAUUGGACGAUAG